AUGUCUGGGAAGUCUGCUGUUCCACAAUCGCGUCCUGAUGAAAUCAGCAGUUCAUUCUCAGAAUCAUCUUUUAGCUCUGACAUCUAUCUGCGCAACACUGUAUUGCAAACACAGCUUGAGAAAAUACAAAAACUGGAGGACAAACUUGCUGGAUACAGGACUGUUGUUAAACAACUCCCAAAACUUCAAGCAACUAUAGCAGAACUUCAGAGAAAGCAAGAAGUGCAGGAAAAGGAGAUAGCUCAUUACAGAGCUAGUGAAGCAGAACAGCAAAAUAAAAUACUGAUCCUAGAAAAACUACUGCAGGAAAGAAAGCAGGGACUGGCAGAUUUGGAUACCUCAUGUCGAAGAGAAACAUUAUCUCACAGUCACAGUUCUCCAUCUUUUGAAAUUAUUUCAAAGUUUCCGUGUUCUACAAGUGAACUGUUUUCACCAAUGCAAGAAGUUGGUUCGUCUUCACAAAUUCCAGCUGAUGAAACAGUGGAGCAUAGUCCAAGGUUUUAUCACAGAAGUAUAGCUGUUUCGUCUCAACAACAGAGCUAUGAUUUGCCUCCAGUUGCAAGGGAUCAGCCCUUCCAGUCUCUGAAAAAUGUAAACACUGUCCCAGCAAAUGUUGUGGGACCUCCUAAAACCUCAGUCGGACUUUGUAGAGUACUUUCAGCAAAUGUGGCAGCCAGUGAACAAAACUUUCAUCUCUCAGCAUUGAACCAGUUGAACUCAUACCCAGCUCCAAAUGAAGGCUCUGCUGCAGUUCUAGCAUUUGUCCACGGGAACAAAAAAUCAGCCUGGCAGAUGGAUCCAGAAGUUAAUAAACUGGAACCUGCAGAAACAACCCGGCAGUUGGGUGUCAGGACUUCACUACAAGCAAGAGAGAAUUUGGCAAAUUCUGCUAACUCAUAUCAGGCUGCAAACAAUACUUCUUUAGCUUUCAACAGUUUUAUUCAAACUGGAGCACAUGACGUAGGUACAAGACCAAAGGAAUGGAAACCCUUGAACAUUGCGACUUCCCAGGCUAGAGGUUAUUCUAAUGGGGGUCUUAUAAAACCAAGUAAUUAUGGUACACCCCAACAUGGGGACCAGAUACCCGUGAAAACACAAGAAAAUGCAAAAAGUGAAAUGAUUAACGUUUAUGAUACAAACUUCUCAAAAUCGGACCUACAGAAAGUCUCAGCUAUGAACAUUAAUAUGGGAGAGAAACUUCCAGAAAAUCAACAUUGGGAGCAAAACAGUGGCUGUGACGACUUGAUGACCUUUUCCAGUCUCAACACAAACUCACCGUCACCUGUGACAGAGCAGAAUAGAAUUACCAGAACUAGCACAACAAACCCAGUUUACAGCCAGCAAAGUGGUCUUGUUACAGUUCCUGCUGAAGAAGAACCAUGCUUAACUAACCAGGUACAGAGCAUGGUAGCCAUCUUAGAGAAAAGUGACUCCCCCAUGGGGAUGAGUAACAUGUUGUACAAGUUUGCUGAAGCUGCGAAAAAUUUGGAGUCUCAGCUGAGUGACUCCAAGACUUUGAUCCAGCAACAGCAAUCCCGGAUCCAGCAGUUUCAAAGGCUUUCGGAAUUUAGUCAAGAGAAUUCAAAACUCAGGGAAGAGAUUUCUGUUCUAAAAAGUGAGAAUGAUACGCUUCUAGAAUUUAUUGCAGCCUUCAGGGGCAGCAAGAGCAACCAAGCUGAGCCAACCUGGGAUACUGUUCUUGGCAACCAGAACAUGGCAGAUCCAGUGAGAGCCCAAUACCCUGAUAGUCCCUUGAUGAAGAAGAUUGAAUCUUUGAGCAACAUCAAUACCAGGCUUUUCACUGCAAAUAAAGACUGGCACAGCAAAUGGGAAGUUUUACGACAACAAACUCAAGAAGAAAAGGCAGACUUGGAGGCAAGAGUAAACUCCCUUGAGGCCAUGAAUAAAAACCUGCAAGAGAAUGUGGCCACUCUAGACAAAGAGCUGCAGAUUCGGAAUAAUUCCAUACAGGAUUUGGUGAAAGCAAGUGAAAGUGUCGAGGAGGAAAAAUUAGCAUUGCAGAGGCUUAUUGAUGAACUUAAUGCUCAGUUGUUGAGUCUGAAAACUGAAGUGAAAGAUUUGACCCGAAGCAAACAGAUGUUGGAAUCUGAGUUGGCGAGUCUGAAGGAUCCAUCCAGAAAUGCUUCACAGGCUGGAAACAGAGAUUAUCAGACAGAGAUUGGCUUACUAAAACAGCAGUUGACAGUUUUUGCUGAAGACUUUGAGAAGGAAAAGAAAGACCGAAUCUUAGCAGAGAAGAAAGCUGAGAAAUUAAAGAAGGAACGUGAUCAGAUCAAAGCUUCUCUGGAAACAAGACUAAAGAGAGUUAGUGUUCAGUUAAGGGCUCAAGAGGAAGAUCUGAGAACCAAGGCCAGGCAGAAUGCAGAUUUGCUGUUCCAAGUUGAUGACCUCAAGCUCAAGUUACAAAGAGAACAGAGAAAGAACGCACUGGCUACACACAACUCCUAUAACUACCAGGUCCCGCCAGCUUCGUACCAAGGGCCUAUGUCUAUGGCAUACAACAGUGAUAUGAACGGUCACGUGACUAACCCAAAUAUGGGGCGUUCAGUCAAUCACCUGUUUGUAAAUGGCAGCCAUGCAUCUGCAGGUUUCUCACACCAGAGCUCUCCGGAACAUCUGCCAGGUGCUUGGAUGUGCAAGCACUGCACAUACAUCAACUACCCCAACCGCACAGUGUGUGAUAUCUGUGGAUUCACAAGUACAAGUGGUGAAAGUCUAGGCAUGGCAGACAGCAUCUCAGGAAGAAAUGAAUUACAGUCUAGAGGUGAGGAGAAGAGAUGGAGAAAUACAGGGGACAUUGUAGUUGACACUGUGACAGAAUAG